AUGCCCGUCGCACUAGUAAUACCAUCCGCACCUGUAGCAUGUGCGUUUGUACUUAUAAUAGCGAUAGCACUACCACCUCUCCUCUGUACGGCUCGAACGCCACGGCUUGAGUCAUACGAGCAAGCGUUGUCACAGAAGCAGAGCCGUCACUCCGGCGAGGCAGUUACUGCUACUACGCAUCACGUGGUGUCGCCUGGACGGGCUUUAAGAAGACGCGGUCUCGGCGGCCUGCCCCGACUCCCCUCGCUUAAAGCCCUCCUGACGAUCCUCGAGGGCCGUUCCUCCCCAUCCCCCUCUCCCCCUCCGCCACGACCUCCUCCGCCCUCCUCACCUCCCCCUCCCCUUCCUCCGCCCUCCCCACCGGUUGCGCGAACCUUUCCCCUCCCUAUCGCGUCUCCGCCACCCCCAACUCCCGCCGUCCGCAGUCCCCCCCAACCUUCCCCGCCUUCCCCUUCGCCGCCCUUCCAGCCCCCGCCGCUUCCCCCUGCUUCUCCCGCAACUCCCCCGCCAUCCCCCGAGCUGACCUCCCAGGAUUUCUCCAUUCAACCUCGGCGACGAGGGGAUUCCUAUAUCACCGCCACUCUUGCGCCUCUCGGACCUUCCCCCGCCCCCGCGCCUGCCCCUUCCCCUUCCGCCUCCGCCUCCGCCUCCGCGCCCGCGUCGGAAGGGGGGGAAUCAUUGGGCCUCUUCCUACCUGUUGACGAUCCAGAUUAUUUCCCCCCUGACGGUCCGGAUCUCUCUAAUUCCAACCCUUCUGGCGGCUCCCAAGGCAACAGCGGAGGUUCGGAUGGCGGAGCUUUUGAGCCUGGGACCCCCUCUCCGCCUCCCCCGAAGGAAAGGCCUCCGGGCUGGGUGGAGCUGACGUACGGUGGCGGGCCGGUGAAGCACGAGCCUAUAAACGCGUACAUACUGUACUACGGCGCGUGGGAGUCCCCAUCGUUCAUUAUAGAAAACUUCAUCAAUUCUCUAACUCACGACCCGGACGAGUCAGAGGCCUACGGCGAAACUGACGCCUAUUCUGACAUGGUGUCUGGAGAGGAAGGGGAGGCGUCUUCUGGGCAGGCAGCAUCUGUGCGGGGGUGGUGGAGAGUGGUGGGACGGUAUACGGGGCGCGACGAGAGCAACCCUGGCAUCAUUGUCAACGUCACGGAUCAGGUUAUUCUGGCCGGGUCAGGGAGAGACAACUACUCCGCUGGAAGUGAUCUGACCGGCUGCGAAGCCUCAGUUGAAACGGUUCUCAGCAAUGCGUUGGGCGACGGUGCCAUGCUUCCUGUAGACGACACGGCCAUCUACUUCAUCCUCGCAUCCCCCGACGUAGCGCUAGCAGCACCGUAUGAGAACACAUACAUGUGCGACGACUGGUGCUCCCUGCGGCAGCACAUGAACUUAACGGCAUGGGAUGGUUACACGAGCAGCAUCCGAUACGUGGUUAUUGGCGACGCUAGCAAGUGCCCGGAGAAGUGUGCUCACCUAUUUGGCCACUCGUAA